GCAGUGCCGGCCGCCCUGAGAGCACAGCCCCAUGCAGUGCCCUGGAUCCUGUCACCUGCCUCGGCCACCCACCGUGGUCCCCACGACCACGCCAUGUUCUGCUCCCGCCGUGCGGGGCUGGUGCGGCGCCUGUGGCAGCAGCGCUGUGCAGCAGCCAGCCCCGAGGAUGGCCCCAGCGCCCUCAAACUGGCGGCACAUGCCCUCUUCAAGAAGCUGAAGGACGAGGAGCUGGAGUUGCUGGUGCAGGUGGUGGAGAGCCGAGGCGCCCGGGAGUCUGGCUGCGUUUUGGCACCACGGGGGGACCCACGAGGGGUCAAGCAGGUCCCCCCUCAAGUCCUGCUCUGUCGCCUCUUCCGCUGGCCUGACCUCCACCAGUCCCAUGAGCUCAAGCACCUCUGCUACUGUGCUGGGGGCCAGGGGUCCUGUGGGGACUUGGCUGUGCUGUGCUGCAACCCCCAUCAUUUCAGCCGCCUGGCUGUACCUGAAACCCCGCCACCCCCCUACUUGAAGGCAUCCUGUGGGCCCUCCUGGCCAGAUGAGCCCCAACACCCCAGCUCUCAGCUCCUGGAGUUCAGCUACAACGGUGGGGACUGGUGUGACGCCAGCCUCUCGUGGAGCACCAUCAAGGACGGCUGUUGGUGUAAACUGGCUUACUGGGAGUACCGGACACGCGUGGGCCGCCUCUACGCCGUGCAUGAGGCGUCAGUGAACGUCUUCUGUGAGCUGCCGUGGGGCAGCGGGUUCUGCCUGGCCCAGCUGCCAGCUGCCUACCGCAGCUGUGCUGUGCGGCGAGCCCGGGGCAAGAUUGGCCGGGGGCUGCUGCUGAGCCGGGAGCCGGGUGGUGUCUGGGUGUACAACCGCAGCGAGCACCCCAUCUUCGUCAGCUCGCCCACCCUGAGCCCCCCUGGCACCUGCAGGCUCGCUGUCCUCAAGGUGCUGCCUGGCUACUCGGCAAAGGUGUUCGAUUAUGGGUGGGCAGGGGACAGAGAGGGUUGGCAGCUGCCUAGGGAGGGACCCUGUGACCCCCACAGUAUCCGCAUCAGCUUUGCCAAGGGCUGGGGACCCUGCUACUCCCGGCAGUUCAUCACCUCCUGCCCAUGCUGGCUUGAGGUCCUGCUGAACCAGCCACACUGAGGCUGGGGCUGGUGGGGGAUGCCAGGGAGCUCCCCCACAGCAGGUGCACAAGCUGGGGGGGCCCUUCUACUGUAUCCCAGCCUGUGUCUUCCAAGGCUGUGCUGCAGCAGGAUUGUCCUGGCUCUGGGGACUCUCUGUCUGAGUGCUGACUGGAUGCAGUGCCCCCCUUGUAUGGCUCACCACUUUGCCAGCACCUGCUUCCCCCAGCCAUGGGGCUCUCAGUGACACAGGGCA